UUGAAAACAAAAAAUUCUAAAUGAAAAAAAAAUUGUUAUUAUUUCGUGUCGCAAAAUACUAAAAAUAGUUUUAGAGAUAAAUAAAUAAAUAUUUAUUUAACAUGUUACUAUAAAUCUAGUCACCCACUGCAUGUUGUGUUAGAACUGUAGAAGUGAUACAUUGACUAUAUUGUUGGCAUUGUCCGGCAUAAGGUUCAGCUAACGACAACCGUGCAUCUUUCCUUCCCGUAUGGCUGCAUAUGUUAACCGUUCCAUGUCAAUGAUGGCUGGCGACGGGCCCCACAAUGUUGCGACACUCAACAAUGGCGCUGUCCGCGUCAACAUGCCCAAUGUGGAUUCACCACUGCAGAUAUUUGUAAGAGCCAAAAAGAAGAUCAAUGAUAUAUUUGUUGAGAUUGAUGACUAUGUUAAAGAUGCAGUCACAUUCAUGCAUACUGUAUCGGGAAACAAAGGUAUCUCGAGUGCACAGGAUGUCGCACACGUGGAAUCAUACAUCAGUAAAGUACAGGCUAUACGAGAAGUACUCAAACGGGAUCACAUGAAAGUUGCUUUUUUCGGCAGAACAAGCAAUGGGAAAAGUACGGUGAUAAAUGCCAUGUUGCAUGACAAGAUCUUACCCAGUGGUAUUGGGCACACCACCAACUGCUUUCUGCAGGUAGAGGGCUCCGAUACAGAUGAAGCAUUCCUUCGUACAGAUGGAUCAGAGGAGAAACUUAAUGUUCAGUCGGUGAGCCAGCUGGGGCACGCGCUGUGUGCGUCGCGCCUGCAGGAGUGCUCGCUGGUGCACGUGUACUGGCCGCGUGAGCUGUGCGCGCUGCUGCGCGACGACGUGGUGCUGGUGGACUCGCCCGGCGUAGACGUAACGCCCAACCUCGACACCUGGAUCGACCAGUACUGCCUCGAUGCAGACGUGUUCGUACUCGUCGCCAACGCUGAGUCCACGCUCAUGGUCACUGAAAAGAAUUUCUUUCAUAAAGUAUCGACAAAAAUAUCGCAACCAAAUAUUUUUAUAUUGAACAACAGAUGGGACGCGUCGGCAUCCGAGCCAGAAUAUUUAGAACAGGUGCGUACACAACACGCCAACCGCUGCGUGGAUUUCUUGGCAAGUGAACUGCGCGUGUGCACGCCCAAAGAGGCGGAGGACCGCAUCUUCUUCAUCUCCGCGAAGGAGGCGCUGCUGACGCGCAUGCGCGAACGCGAGAAACCUGUCUCAUCGCCGAUCAUGGCCGAGGGUCACCAGGUGCGGUACUUCGAGUUCGUAGACUUCGAGCGGAAGUUCGAGGAAUGCAUCAGCCAGUCGGCCGUCCGCACCAAGUUCGCGCAGCACUCGCGCCGCGGGAAAAACAUCGCCGGGGACGUGAUGGCUGCACUAGAAGAGGUCUAUAAUAACGCGACGAAACUGAAGUCUGAAAAGGUGGACAAGCAGCGUAUGCUGCAUGAACAGCUGUCGGCGGUGGAGGACCAGCUCACCACCAUCACGCGGCAGAUGAAGGACAAGAUCAACCGCAUGGUCGAGAGUGUCGAGCACCAGGUGUCGCUGACGCUGAGUCAGGAGAUCAGGCGUCUGUCGGCGCUGGUGGGCGAGUAUGAAGCCCCGUUCCGCAGCGAGCGGCCCGCCCUCGACCAGUACAAGCGCGCGCUACACCGCCACGUGGAGUCCGGCCUCGGGGAGCGGCUCAAGCUGAGGCUCUCCAAGGACAUCGGCGCUGAGAUGCAGUCCGCGCAGCAGGAGAUGGCCGACCGCAUGUACAACAUCCUGCCUAGUCACAAGCGCGCGGCGGCGGCGGCAUGCAUGGUGCCGCACCAGCAGCCCUUCGAGGUCCUCUACCGCCUCAACUGCGACAACCUGUGCGCUGACUUCCAGGAGGACCUGCGGUUCCGCUUCUCGUACGGGAUCACGGCGCUCAUACAGCGCUUCAACGGCAAGAACACCAACAAGAUCGCGCUUAAAAACCCACCGCAGUACACGCAGAUCCCGCCAACAGUGAGGAGCCUGCCGUCGCUGGAGAGCGGCGAGUCUCGCACCGUGACGACGCUGAGCGCCAUGGGCCCGUUCAGCGCCGAGGAGUGGGGGCUCGUGUCGCGCUUCGCAGUCGGAGCAGUCACCUCGCAGGGCACCAUGGGCGGACUGCUACUCUCUGGACUUCUGCUGAAGACAGUGGGGUGGCGCGUGGUGGCGGCGGUGAGCGCGGUGUACGCGGCGCUGUACGUGUACGAGCGGAUGACGUGGACCGCGCGCGCGCAGGAACGAGUCUUCAAGCAGCAGUACGUCGCGCACGCCGGCAAGAAGCUCCGGCUCAUCGUAGACCUCACCUCCGCCAAUUGCAGCCACCAGGUGCAGCAGGAACUGUCAACGAUGUUCGCGCGGCUGUGCCAGCUCAUUAACGAGGCGACUACGGAAAUGGACACGGAGCUGAGCGAAGUCCGUGAGGCGAUCAAGCUGCUGGAUCAUGCGUCCACCUCCGCCAAGAAGUUACGCAACAAGGCCAACUACCUGAGCCACGAGCUGGAACUCUUCGAUGACGCGUUCCUGAAGCAUAACUAAGCGUUCAGCUGGCUCAUAUUGUCAAAUUAGCGAAAUGGAGGCGGGUGAAACUGUUCAUUGCCAGCCUUAGGCGGCCUUCAUACGCCGCCCGUCGACCGCCACGCGAACGACAUCGAAUUCGGCCUUAAGCAGUAGAUUGAAAUAGCAGUAGGCAAGUUAUUUAUUUAAUUUAAUUUAUUCGUACCAGACCCGUCACAGAUCGUUGUGCGUACAUCAGAGACUCGGUAAUACUAGCGGCUCAUCCCUACUUUGCAUGUGUGGAACUUCUCUCU